AUGCCUCGCGCGACAGGCGAGGACACGUCCGUCCUCACGACGAACACGGGCACCACUGCGAAGGACUCCAUAAAGGUCGCCGUGCGGGUUCGACCGUUGAACACCCGCGAGACAACGGCCGGACUGCCUCUGUCUGUCAAGGCCAACAGCGACCGCGCAACAGUGACGAUCAUCAAUGCUCAGCAACGGGGCAACGCCAGUACGGAAAGGAAGUCGUUCCAGUUCGACAACGUGUUCUGGUCGCUGGACUGCCCCGACGAGGGCGGCGGCGAGCCGGUGGGGCAGGUCGAGGUGUACCACGCGAUUGGGCGUCCGCUGGUGGCGCACGCGUUCAACGGGUUCAACUCAUGCCUGUUCGCCUACGGGCAGACCGGGAGCGGCAAGACGUACACGAUGAUGGGCGGCGACCCAAACGCGCUGGGCGGCGCCGACGCCGGCGUGACGCCGCGGCUGUGCCUGGAGCUGUUUCGCACGCGUGAGCGCCUCGAGGCGGAGGGGCACUCGAAGUGGGCGGUGGAGGUGGGGUACGUCGAGGUGUACAACGAGCGCGUGUCGGACCUGCUGGCGAGGCGGGGGAAGGGCGCGAAGGAGGAGGUGUUUGUGGAGGUGCGCGAGCACCCGACGCGCGGUGUGUUCAUCGAGGGGCAGGAGGUGCGCGAGGUGGCGGGCCUGGAGGACGUUGUGGCGCUGAUCGAGGCCGGCAACCGCGUGCGCCACACGGCCGCGACGAAGAUGAACGACCGCAGCAGCCGCAGCCACGCGAUCUUCAUGCUGAUGCUGCGCGAGGAGCGGUCGAUGCAGACGGCGACGGGGCAGACCAUCACGACGGCCGGCAAGAACAGCCGGAUGAACCUUGUGGACCUUGCGGGGUCUGAGCGCGUGGCGCAGUCCGAGGUUGUUGGGCAGCAGUUCAGCGAGGCGCGGCACAUCAACCUCUCGCUGACGACGCUGGGGCGCGUGAUUGACAUGCUGGCCGACAUGUCGAAGAACAAGGACAGCCAGUGGUCGAUGCCGCCGUACCGCGAGUCGAAGCUGACGUACAUUCUGAAGGAUUCCCUCGGCGGCAACUCGAAGACGUUCAUGAUAGCGACGGUGAGCCCGAGCGGGCUGAACUACGAAGAGACGCUGAGCACGCUGCGCUACGCGUCGCGUGCGCGCGACAUUGUGAACGUGGCGAGGGUGAACGAGGACCCGCGCGCCCGGCGCAUCCGGGAGCUGGAGGAGCAGAUGGAGCAGAUGCGGAGGGACAUCCAGGGCAAGGACCCCGCGUACGUCGCCGAGCUGGAGGAGAAGCUGAGGCUGCUGGAGGCGGAGGCUCAGAAGCGGGCGGCGGACCUGCAGGCGCUGGAGAAGGAGCGGGAGAAGAACGAGAUCCGCGAGAAGAUGCUGCGUGCGACGGAGGCCGAGCGGCAGGAGCUGCUGCGCCGGGCCGGCGUUCUGAAGCGGGAGCUGGAGGAGUCACGGCGGCAAGCAGCAGAGUUAUCGCGUAACAAGGAUAGACUACUGCGUGAGCAGGCCGAGAAGGAGCGCCGCCUGAUGGAGGAGAUGCAGCGUCGGGAGGUUUCGAUUGAGGCACACAAGGGGGAGUGGGUGAGCGCGCUGGAGGCGGAGCAGUCGUCGGUGCUUAAGCUGCGUCGCGAGUGUGACUUGUAUCGCAUGCAGCUGGCGGAGAUGGAGGCUCGCCACGGUGAGGCGCUGGUGCACAUGGAGCGUCGGCUGGAGCUGGUGGCGUUGGCCUACCAGCAAAGCGCGGAGUGCGCCCUCGUCCCCGUGCUGGCGCAAAAACGGGAGGCGGAGGCAAAGUUGGUCGCUUCGAUGGAGGCUCUGCAGAAGGAGCAGCAGGCGGUCGCCGGCGAGUGUGCGCGGCUCUCGGCGGCGCUGCGGGAGGCGGAGGUCAAAGGCGGCGCACUGGACGCAGUGAACGCGUCCCUCACGGGGCAGAUGUUGCAGCUGCAGGAGGAGGUGUCCGGCCUGCGGGGGCGGCUCGCAGACACCGCGGCGGAUCGUGACGCGCUUGCCGCGAACCUCACGGCGGUGGAGGCUGCGCGGGCCGAACUUGAGGACCUACACCGCGACACCAGGGACGAGUGUGAGGCGCUGCAGCGGAAACUCACCGCGCCCCCAGUGCGCACUCGCCACCACAAAAAAUUCGGCGGCGAAGAGUGGGACGUUUUGCUGCACGGCCGGCCUGCUGAGCUGCUAGAGGUCUUCGCGGCGGAGGUGAGUGCGGCCUGCAAGGUGCCGACGGAUUCCGUUGCAAACGUGACGUUUGCGCUCGGCAGCCUCGAAUGCGACUUCGACGUCAUACACGCCGCGGAUAGAACUAAAGACGAGCUCGAUAUAUGCAUCGCCCAGCACCCCUUCGACCGCCUGCAGCAACUCUACGAUGACCGCUACGGGGCUAAGAAGGGCAUUGACAGGGCCAACGAAGAAAUACAGCGACUAGAGGCUGAACGCGACACCUUCACUAGGGACAUUGGCGACCUCACCGAGAAGAUCGACAGCCUGGAAAAACAAAACGACUGCCUACGGGGCGAACUCGCGAAAGAAAAACACGACGGUGCCACCCUACAACUUCAACUAGAAACACUAGAAAAAAAUAAUACCAGAACAACUCUGCUACUCCAAAAAGCUACAGAAAGCAUGGAGAAUCUCAGCAGCGACAUGCGAAAAGUAAAGGCCGCCAAGGACGAGGUGGAGAGGAGCCUCGAGGCGAUGACGGCCGAGCGCGACGAGCUGACGGAGAAGCUGCGGGCCUCCGAGGACGCCAAGGACGAGGUGGCGAGGAGCCUCGAGGCGAUGACGGCCGAGCGCGACGAGCUGGCGGAGAAGCUGCGGGCCACUGAGGCGCCAAAGGGCGAGGUGGCGAGGNGCCUCGGAGGCG